UCAUUCCUUCACUCCGGUGGCUUUGCUGCAAAAAAGGCAAAAGGGAAACGGAUCGCCGGUAACUUUUUCCACGUACCAUUGCUGUAAACUCUACAAAAAAUACAGCUUCACGCUAAAGUCCAGAACUGAAUCGUGUCUGUUUUAUGAACCGGUGAAAGCGCUACGCAAAUACACAUCGGAGCCGUUCAAGUGUUUGUAGCCGGGUGAGUCCAGAUCUUCCUCCACUGAAGCGGCCGCUGCAGUUACAGAAGGUAAAUGUAAAACAAUAAGCCCAUCGACUGUAUGAGGAUGAACUGAAUUUCCACUUAUUGAUGACUCCAAGCUACACACAGAUGGAUGCGCAGCGGACAGAACGGAACACUGAAUGUCCUUCCAUUAAGACGGUCAUCGUGGGAGACGGGAGUAGCGGCAAGACGUCUCUCCUGGUGACAUUCGCCCGCGGGGAGUUUUUGGAGGAUUACAUCCCCACAGUUUUUGAGAGGUACACAGCUAAUGUCACUUCAGGAAGUCAGAAAGCUGAAAUCCACCUGUGGGACACAGCAGGCCAGGAAGAGUAUGAUAGGCUCCGGCCCCUGUCCUACACGGGCGCCAAUGUGGUACUCAUUUGCUAUGAUGUCACCAAUCCCAGCAGCUAUGAAAAUGUCUUGACGAAGUGGCAUCCUGAAGUUAAACAUUUCUGCAGAGGGGUUCCAUUCUUGCUCGUCGGCUGCAAGACAGACUUGCGUAAAGAUAAAAUCCACCUGCGCAAGUUACGAGAGAGUGGAUCUGAGCCCAUUACCUACUCUCAGGGCAAAAACUUGGCACAUCAGAUUGGAGCGGCCAUGUACCUUGAAUGCUCAUCCAGGCUGCAAGAAAAUGUUGCGGCCAUCUUUUCCGAGGUGGUCGUUCUGGCAAGCAGCUCGGAGAAAAGACAGAAGUACAAGUGCAGGAAUGGGUCUGGCUGUGCCGUUUUCUAAGGUGGCCUGCCUCUCCAUCCCAGGUGGUCUCCGUCCUCCUCUUGAUUUUUUUUUUCUUUUCUAAAUACUGUAGAUCUGAAAAAUAAAAUAUUCAUGUGAGUUCUAA